GUCACGUGGCAGGGCUUCCUGUAUGCUGCUGCCACUGGGUGUCCAUGGCCCGCACCCCUAAGCUGCUACUGGAGCAGUCAGAGUGGCAGCCGGAGGCUCGGUCCAUGCCGUGCCCCCCGGACGGUGCUGGCGAGGCUUCCCAACAGGCCUCUGCAUCUUGACACCCAGGAGAGCAGGAAUAGAGUCUCCCAGGGUGGAGGACCAUGCUGCGCCGUAAGCCCUCCAAUGCCAGCGAGAAGGAGCCCACUCAGAAGAAAAAGCUCUCCCUUCAGCGCUCCAGCAGCUUCAAGGAUUUUGCCAAAUCCAAACCCAGCUCCCCCGUAGUGAGCGAGAAGGAGUUUAAUCUGGAUGAUAACAUUCCAGAAGAUGACUCAGGUGUCCCCACCCCAGAGGAUGCUGGGAAGAGUGGCAAAAAGCUGGGGAAGAAGUGGAGGGCAGUGAUUUCCCGAACCAUGAACAGGAAGAUGGGCAAGAUGAUGGUGAAGGCCCUGUCAGAAGAGAUGGGAGACACUCUGGAGGAGGGCUCGGCCUCCCCGACAUCUCCAGACUGCAGCCUGGACAGCCCCGGCCCGGAGAAGAUGGCGCUGGCCUUUUCCGAGCAGGAGGAGCGUGAACUCCCGGCGCUUAGCCGCCAGGCAUCGACGAGCAGUGAGCUCUGCAGCCCCAGCCCAGGCUCUGGCAGCUUUGGGGAGGAACCACCUGCCCCCCUGUACACAGGGCCCUUCUGUGGCCGGGCACGAGUCCACACCGACUUUACUCCCAGUCCCUAUGACCACGACUCGCUGAAACUGCAGAAAGGAGAUGUGAUCCAGAUCAUUGAAAAGCCACCUGUGGGCACGUGGCUGGGUCUGCUCAAUGGCAAGCUGGGCUCUUUCAAAUUCAUCUAUGUGGAUGUGCUGCCCGAGGAGGCCGUGGGGCCUGCCCGCCCCAGCCGCCGACAGAGCAAGGGCAAGAGGCCUAAGCCCAAGACUCUGCAUGAGCUGCUGGAGCGCAUCGGCCUGGAGGAGCACACAUCCACCCUGCUGCUCAAUGGUUACCAGACGCUGGAGGACUUCAAAGAGCUGCGAGAAACACACCUCAAUGAGCUGAACAUCAUGGACCCGCAGCACCGGGCCAAGCUGCUCACGGCUGCUGAGCUGCUGCUGGACUAUGACACUGGCAGUGAGGAGGCAGAAGAGGGUGCCGAGAGCAGCCAGGAGCCAGUGGCCCACACAGUGUCAGAACCCAAGGUGGACAUCCCGCGUGACUCUGGCUGCUUCGAGGGCUCGGAGAGUGGGCGCGAUGAGGCAGAGCUGGCCGGCACUGAGGAGCAGCUGCAUAGUCUCUCCUUGGCUGAAGCACCUUGAGGUGGAGUUGGCACAGGCUGAGGCUGGGCCCGAGCUGCAAGGCCACAGGGAUGGGCCCUGCACCCCUCAGCGGCCCAGGCCCAGAGGACUGACACUGAGCCUGGCCCUGCCUUCCCUGGGGCAUUUAGGCCCAUAGGGGGGCCCAAGACUCAGCUGUAGUGGAUGAGGAGCCACCCUGGGCAAGCCCUACCUGCCUGAGCCCCGCCCUCCACCAGUGACUGACAGCACAGCCCCUCUUGGCAUCGCCCCCAUCUUAAUCACGGCCACAGCAAGUGGGGCA